CGAUCAACUUGUGGAGCUGCCAAGCCUUGCGGUUAGAGACGCCAGUGAAGAUGAACACAUCCAGCAAGAGUGCCACAUCGAUCCAGAUCAUGGGGUUGAGGACAAUGAUGAGGAUGGGGGAGGCAUGGGCUUAAAGAUUGUCCAGGUGGUCAGCCUCAGUGAGCAGAGUGAGGAUCCUGAUGAGCAGAUUGGGUCAGAGGAAGUGCACACGGGCACCGAUAAUUUACCUGAGGGCAGCGACAAAUGUCAGGCUGGCACUGUUAUGCCAGAAAGCUCAUUGACCAGCGGCAAAGAGUUCUCCGGAUCAGAGCAUUCCUCGGUACCGGCUAAUAAUGUUACAAUGACAGAAAUGUCAGUUCCCAGCUCUGUAGAUAAAGACACAGCCACUUCUGGGACUGUUGCAACAACUGAGUCGACAGCUGCUGAUUGUUCCGCUACCGACAUCUCUUCAGCAUCCUCACCCAUAGCCAGUCCAUCCUUUGCUGGUGGCUUGCCACUGUCGUAUAAAUGCAACGCCUGCAAGGUGCAUACCCCUUACCUUCUGAUGAUGGUUAAACACCUGAAAGCCAAGCACCCCAACAUGCGAUGCUUCUCUUGUCCGUACUGCAAGACCUCCCAGAGUUUUAUAAGCCAGAAACAACUGAGGCAUCACAUUAAACAGUCACACCCCACUAAGUUUGGUAGAAAUGAGAUCGCCCUGUCUGAAGAUGCCAAAAAGUUUGUUGAAGCCAUGGUGUUGCCGAUUGGACCGGAGUGUAUCCGUGUGGGAAAUAGAAUUGUGCUAGAAGAAGACAUACAUACUUGUACAUACUGUCAGGUAAAGAUGGUGUCUCUUACGAGUGUCUAUGAACAUCUUAACACUAAACAUUCAGACUUGUUUGAGUUUGUGUGUCCUGAGUGCCAGAGUUAUCGGAGCAAAUUGCUGCCAGAAAUAUUUGAACAUUGCCUUAGGGCUCACAAGUCAUCCCUAGACACAGACAAAGUUCAUGUCUCCGUGCCCAAGAAUUUGUUUACCGCACUGACUUGCAUCUCCAAAAGUGGCAAGUACAUUGAAAAAACAUUAGGUAGCAGCCCUGAGAAAAUACGUGCAGGGACCUCUUCAUCCACAUCUCAGCAGCCACAGAAAACACAAGUGGCUUCUUUACCACAGCGGGUACCACAGCUUCCCACAGAAGGUCAGAUUUCUUCUGCUGAACAGCACCCAUUACGUGAGGCUUCAUGUGCAGCUACACCGUUGAUUCCUGUAGCAGAAGCUGUGCAAACUACACGAAUCAUGCAGCCCAUCUUUGCAGUGCCUUUAACGGCUACAAGUAUCGGAUCUGUCCCAGCUGUGGCCAGACCAGCCAUAGCAUUCUCCAGCUCAUUGUUUGAUACAUCUUCCUUAACACCACCUCAGCUGGCAGUUGCAUCUCAUUCUGCUCCGUUUAUCCAGAAUGCAGCGGCAGCCAGCUUUUUGAGCCCCUCACCUCAGCAGGCACACAGCAGUCAUCAUCAGCAUCUGCAGUCAAACAAGCAGUCACAUUCUAAGCCAAGUGAAAGAACACAUGGUUCUGCUAAACACCUUCCAGUGUUGAAUGUUCCAACGAUUAGGCCUAGAACAUCCCCGGUAGCAGCAAAGCCUGUGGUAGGGAGCCCUGUUGAUGCAGUGCCACUGUCUGCAUCUAACUGUAAUUUUAGUGUGAUGUCCGCAUCAGGAGCGGGCCAGCAACCCUUCAGAUCAGUUAGUUCUUCAAUUAUUGACAGUCUUCCAGAUGAUGAGCCCAACCCCGAUGCCUUCAAGAUCUUUAACCUGUGCCCCACAGGCCCUCGUAUCUCACCAUCACCAGUUUCAUCUCUGCCACCAGGGGUGCCAACAGUUUUCCCUCCUGUUUCAGCCCCAAUGGCUGCAGGGUAUAUCCAAGGUCCACUUGCUGGGUUCCCACCAGGCAUGGUCAUUUCACCAAACAUGUUGCCCUUUUCAUUCCCAUAUUCACAGAACCAGUCUUUGAUGCAAGGAUUACUGGCCCAGAAACAAAAUCCACAGAAUUCCCCGUUGUCAAGGCAUUCUCACCUGCCCCACACAUCGGCACUCAUGGCAGCACAUUCUGCAUCAGCAAGGAGAAAUAACAUGUCAUCAGAAGAAGCAACAGCAUAUUUGAAGAAGCAUCAACAGAGGGAACUGUACCUUAAGAAGCAGCAGCAUCAUCACCAGCAGCAACUGCAGUCCCAAAGACAUCUUUUUAAACAGAGCCAACAGUCUGCCGCACCUAGAGCCCAUCCAGCUCACCAACAGCCUCCAUCUUUGUCUGGACAGGUUUACCAGCCUCAACCACUACCAGUACAGACUCUACCUUAUGACCACCAUCAGCCUAUGACAGGACAUAAUGACCCACUGCAUCCCUCGCUGUUUUCAUCAUCUGUGCCAGUUUCAUCAGCAGCUGGUCCCUCAGGUCACUUGAUGGCCCACAGUUCACCUAGUCCAGUGCGACCAUCUAAGGGGUUGCACAAACGUAGUAACACCCUCUACCAGUGCCCCUACUGCCCUGUUAUGGUCACACUGAAAGCUCUGGAGGUGGCCUCGCAUAUUCAGCAGCAUCACCCAGGCAAACAGGUCACAUUUAGAAAAAUUUCUUAG